AUGUCGCGCGCCGCCGACUCGCACCACCAGCACGUCGAGCCCUCGGUCGCGAGGAUGACGGAGGACGCUCUCAAGCAGAAGGCGACGGGCACGCAGGAGAAGCGCGAGCUCGUCGGCGACGACGAGUACCUGCACAAGGCCAGCUCGAUCGUCAACAAGAACGCGCUCCUUGAGAACCCGCUCCAUGGCAUCUCGCUCGACCGCCUCGAGGCCAUGGGUCGCGCCUUCGCCCGCGAGAAGGGCCUGCAGGACUACGAGGAAGAGUUCGCCAAGGGCGCCCAGGUCGCUCAAGACCCGCUCGCGUUCGAGUCGCUCACGAUGCUCGGCGAGGAGGACCGCAACGUCCUGCGCCGCGAGGUCACCCACAAGUGGCACCAACCGUGGCAGCUCUACUUCCUCACCAUCUGCUGCUCGAUGUCUGCGGCAAUCCAGGGCAUGGACGAGAGCGUCACCAACGGCGCCAACCUCUUCUGGCCUCAGCAGUUCGGGAUCGACACGGCCGCUCGCGACAACGACCAGUGGAUCCUCGGGUUCAUCAACGGUGCGCCUUACUUGGCGUGCGCCCUGCUAGGGUGUUGGAUCAGCGCGCCGCUCAACCGCCUUCUCGGACGUCGCGGCACCAUCUUCGUCACCGCCCUCGUCUCGGCGCUCACCUGCAUCUGGAUGGCGUGCGUCAACAGCAAGUGGCACCUGUUCGCCGCUCGCUUCGUCCUCGGUCUCGGUAUCGGUCCCAAGUCGGCUACGGUGCCCGUCUACGCUGCCGAGACGGCGCCUCCCAUCAUUCGCGGCGCGCUCGUCAUGCAGUGGCAAGUCUGGACGGCGUUCGGCAUCAUGGUCGGCACCGCGACGAGCCUCAUGUUCUUCCGCGUCGGCGACCCGUCCGGCGUCGCCAUCACCGGCCUCAACUGGCGCCUCAUGCUCGGCUCUGCUGCCCUCCCUGCCUUCUUCGUCAUGGCCCAGGUCUACUUCUGCCCCGAGUCGCCCCGUUGGCUCAUCUCGCGCAACCGUCACCGCGAGGCGUUCGAGAGCCUGUGCCGCCUGCGCCACACCAAGCUCCAGGCCGCUCGCGACCUGUUCAUGAUCAACGCUCUUCUCGAGGAGGAGGCGAGCCUCGUCACGGGCAAGUCGGCCAUCGUCGAGCUCUUCAGCGUUCCUCGCAACCGUCGUGCGACUGUCGCUUCCGGCACCGUCAUGUUCAUGCAGCAGUUCUGCGGCAUCAACGUCAUCGCUUACUACUCGGCGACCAUCUUCCGCGAGGCCGGCUUCGACGACAUUACGGCGCUCGGCGCGACCCUCGGCUUCGGCGCCCUCAACUUUGUCAUGGCUGCUCCUGCCGUCUGGACCAUCGACACUUUCGGCCGCCGCAACCUGCUUCUCACCACCUUCCCCAUGAUGUCGGCCUUCCUCCUUCUCGCAGGCCUCGGGUUUUACGCUCCUGAAGGCAUGGCCUAUUCGCCCGGCGAGGGUCCCGUUCCGUUCACCUACUCGGCCGAGGCGUUCCCGCUUUACGUUCGCGACGUCGGCAUGUCCUACGCUACUGCAGUGACCUGGCUCUUUAACUUCGUCGUCGCCUUUACGUUCCCUCGCCUGCUCUCGGCCUUCACGCCGACCGGCGCCUUUGGCUGGUACGCCGCCUGGAACGCUGCCGGCACGGUCCUCAUCUUCUUCCUCGUCCCCGAGACCAAGGGCCUCUCGCUCGAGGAGCUCGACGCCGUGUUCAGCAUCCCGACGGCUCGUCACACCGCCUACAACGUCGCCGGCCUCAGCUACAACUUCCGCAAGUACAUCCUCCGUCAGCGUCUCCCGCCUCGCGAGCCGCUGUACGCCUGGGAGGCGAACGGCAAGGCCUGA